CGGUCGGCAGUUAUUUUUAAUAAAUUAACGUGGCAAAAACGGGUUAAAAAAGCCUCACAGCACAAUCACACGCGUAUUGUUAAGUAUAUAAAUAUAUAUGUAUGUCUACUAGAUAUGAGCAAAUAAGCGAUAACUAUCGUUUAGCAUAGUCUAAAAUAGUGUUAUCGUUGCAACAGCUGUGCUCGACAGAGGGCGCUAGUGUGCUUAUACGUAUGUAAACAAUUUGUGUUGUGCCUCUCCAGAAUUUGUAAAUUUUGAGCUAAAAUGGGUGAACGCAAGGGGCAAAACAAAUACUAUCCGCCUGACUAUGAUCCAAAGAAGGGCGGACUCAACAAAUUUCGUGGUACGCAUGCACUGCGGGAGCGUGCACGCAAAAUCCAUCUGGGCAUCAUCAUCAUCCGCUUUGAAAUGCCGUACAACAUUUGGUGUGAUGGCUGCAAGAAUCACAUUGGCAUGGGCGUGCGGUACAAUGCGGAGAAGACCAAGGUGGGCAUGUACUACACCACGCCAAUAUACAAAUUUCGCAUGAAAUGCCAUUUGUGUGACAAUCACUUUGAAAUCCAAACGGAUCCUGGCAAUCUGGACUAUGUGAUACUAUCUGGAGCACGUCGACAGGAAAAUCGCUGGGAUCCACUGCAGAACGAACAAGUGGUGCCUGAAACCAAAGAGGUGCAGAAACGGCUCUUCGAUGAUGCCAUGUACAAGCUGGAGCAUCAGGCGAAGGAUGCGCAGGCGGCCGUCAAUGCAAAGCCUAUGCUCCAAAAGAUCGUGGAGCGUAAUCAAAGUGUUUGGGAUGACAACUAUGUAGCCAACUAUAAGCUGCGCGCCACAUUUCGCGAGCAAAAGAAAGAGCUGAAAGGACAACAGGAACUGGAUCGACAGCUUCUGGCUAAGAGCAGUCUGGAUAUAGCUUUAUUGCCAGAGACGCAGCAAGAUCGAGAUAUGGCUGCUUUGAUGAAAUUGCAAACUCGAAGCGCUUUAGAACGAGAGUCGGAGCAGCGUCUGGACCUGCUUAUGAGACCAGCAUUACCAGGUGCGACGUCAACAACAUUUGGUGGCUUAAAACGGCAAAAGGCGUUGAGCACGCAACUGCAACUGCAGGAUUUGGGCAUUAAGCGUAAAGAGAAGCCAGUGAAACCGUCGGGGGCAAGUGAUCUGACAAAAGCUGGAGGAGUAGCAGAAGCGGUUGAAACAAAAGCAACAAGAGACGCAGAGACUGGAUCAAAAGAAGCAGAAGAUGGAGCUCAUAAAUCAGCUAGUACAUCUGACGAAACAAACACUAAAGGAGGGGCAACAGGUGGAGCACAAGCUAGUUCGGCAGAAGGCAGCUUAGAAGCGGGAACAGCUGGAGCAAACGAUAUAGGAGAAGCAGCUGCGAUUGAAGAUAAGGCGAUUGGAACGGGCAAUACAGCAUUGCCAACAGCUCCUAGUGCACUCAGUCUGGUAUGCGAUUAUGUCAGCUUCAACUCUAGCUCAGAGGCUAACAGCUCCGAUUCCAAUGACUAAACUGAUCUAUCAAGCUGCACACAAUAAAUUGAAUUGAUUUAAUCCGAAAAAAAA